ACUCCUCCUUCAGUCCCUCCAGCCACGCACACACACUGACAGAGCUGCAGUGGUUUGUACAGUAGCCCACAGCUGCCUGUGAUUUCACUCUGCUUCCCUAAAGUCUGGGAUCGGACGGUACGCGAGGGCAGAAAAGAGAGUUCGAGACAAGAAGAGACAUUUGAUUUGGUGAUUAUCUUACUGUACACCGGAGGACAGAGAUGAUGGAGACUAAAGUGUGGAUUGCUCUUUGUGCGCUGCUGCUUUUUAACUUGGGAUCCGCUGAAAAUAAUGAAGGUCCUGCUCCUGCCUCCUCUUCAUCACAAAGUUUUCUUCCUGUAGAGCCGUCUCCUGAGGCUGCACACUCUGAGCUUCCUGACAGCCUGGACCCAAACCAUAUCACAAAUCCAAGUUCAAAAAGCAACGGUAGUUUGAUUGUCAACACAACUACAGAAGAGGAACCAAUGAUCAACGAUACCAACAUCACCUCUUCUUCAGAGGCUGACGUUCUUGAAGGCAAUGGUAACCAAACAAAUCUGACGACAUCUCAGCCUCCAAUCGCUCCGUCUGCGAGCCACGCCCCCAAGUCUCACACCCCAACUACCUCCACCUCCACCGGCCCCACACACACAACUCACUCCACCAGUGUCGUCACACCGACCUCCACGCCACCCACAACAAGUCAUAGCGCACCUGCAGUCGCUAACUCCGUUACAGCAUCAAACCAAACCGUUCCCAGCACUUCUGUCCCAACACCUGAACCACCAAAGCCUGAAGCUUCCACAACUACGAUCAUCAUCUACUCCAGUUCAAUGCCCACCACCAGCUCCUCUCAAGAGACCCCCAAUUCUGAGUCAACGUCUCGGCAAAACACUCUACAGCCCGACGAACACCCUGAGACCCCCACCAAACCCCAACUUGAGACAACAAGCAACCCACCGAGCAGCCCCACCGCCAAGGCCGAACCCCUAGCCGACUUGCCGUCGCAGCUCAUCGUUGGGGGUGAUACAACGGUUGUCCGUGACUCUCCCACAUUAGACCCCCUCCUGGCUGGCCUGGUGUCAGCCUUCAUCAUCACUGCAGUCAUCAUCACACUGCUCCUCUUCCUCAAACUGCGCCGGAGAGACAACAGACCAGAGUUUCGCAGGCUGCAGGACUUACCUAUGGACGAUAUGAUGGAGGACACACCCUUGUCCAUGUACAGCUACUGAUGGAUGCAUGACAAAAAUAAAUGCUAGCUCCCAAAUACUCUCCUUGAAGCCAGGCUCACGCCACAGCUGUGCAGAACCUGGCAAUUCUUCAGCAAAAACACAAAGCAUCCUGGGUAGGUGUGAGGAAACCUCUGGAUGCUUUCAUUUAUCUUGAUCCCUGACAUUAAGGAAAGGACAUGAUUAAAGCUGCAAUGGACAAUGAAGAAAUCGCCCAUGUUGGGGUCCUUUUGGCAAAACGUCAUGUUGGUCCCAAUAAUUCUAAAUUAGGCCUCUGAUGAAUAAUGUAUGCUUAACAUUUUUCCGCCCCUCAUUCGGGACGGGGAGAUGGUAUAAUAUAUUUUGAUUUCCCUAGAGUUGAAAGGGUGUAAAGCAGGAGGCAAAAUCAUCAGUUGCAUUCAUCAUUUGGACGGUUCACACCUGGACGGAUUCAGCCUGUCCUGCCAGACUCUCACCGGAGGGUACUGGUCUAAUUUCCCUGUUAUAAGUUAGCGGAAAGUCUGGCAGGCGUACGGAGAAGCCUGGGAAAAGAAAUGAACAUAACAAAUGGCCUGAUUAUAGUGUUAAAAAAAAUUGCACUUUACUUUUUCAGGAGUGGAAAAAAUGAGAAAUGUGUUUGUGUAUGGGAAAGAUUGAGCUUGUGUAUGUGUGUGUAUGUGUGUGAGUCUGAGGGGCAUAUGUGUAUUUUUGAAGGCGUUGUGGGGGAUAUUUAAGUGUUUUUUUCUUUUGUUCAUUUUCAAUGUUUAAGAUCCUGCUGCCUUUUAGCCUGAUUUUGAUAUGUGCAGUGUGAGUUUUUGUUUCUUUCCCGGAGUCUUGUGUCCAGGGGAGAGUGCCUUACACAUCUUAUGAACAGCUCUGAAUGCAAACUGUAUUUAUAUUCAACCCAACUAACGUCCACAUUUAUCAGUCAUUCCCAGGGCUUUUUGUGAUUCCCAUUCACACGCACAUACAGUGCCAGGUUGCUGCUCUGACUUGCCUGUGAUUGAACACUCGCCUUGAGCAGGUUCCCCAUCAGGCCCUCAUUCAUACAGUGUCAGCUGCAGACUGAAAUGGGCCCGUGGCUUACCACACAAUGUUGGCAUUGUCCUGUACUACUGAUGAUUGCAUCAUGCAAAGACAACUUCAUGAAACUCUUCAUGCUGUUUCAGCGGUUCUUCAGCCGCAGACCUGAAAGCACCUUGUUGUCGCAGUAGGCAAUUUCACAAAUAUUCCAUUAAUUAUAAAAUAAUGUAACAGCCUAAUUGUAUGUACUUUGUGUAAGUGCAGGAAAAUGGGAGUGGAAAUUAGAGACAGUCAAUAGAAAUAAAUUGGAGCUAAAAUUUGCUUCCUCGAUUUAAGUUUGGAGCCCUGAAUAACUACAGAUGGAUGACAAAAUAAAGGGAGAGAAAUUAACAUAAAAUGUGGGGUGUUCAUAAGUGCUCAAAUGCAUGUCAUAGAUCAUUGACUCAAGGAGGGAUGAACUCUUGAAAGAAAUAUAUUCUGUCGUUUAUUUUUUUGAAACUCUUAUCACCCCUCUGUGUACAUCCGAUUCUAGAUGAUACACUCUAUAUUUCUGAUACUUGUCGAACGUGUGUAAGUAUCCAGAGAGAAGGCUUUUCGCUGCCAGAUGUUGAUUUUGAGCUGUUUGUGUUUUAUGAUUAAAAAGAUUUUGAAACCCUCC